CGAUGUCUGAAACCAAGUCGUGCUAGUGUCGUGCUGCAGUCGAGCUACAGUCGAGCCAGCGCAGUAGCACGGCAGGAAUACUCAAGUCGCUUUGUUCUAAGCCUGGGCCCUGUGAGUUGUCACGAAACACCAGCUUCUCUUUGGCGAUUCUUUCCUCCAGCUGUGGAAGAUUCUGUACGCGUUCAUUAAUGCAAGAGUUUAUUUUCGUUUUGAAUUACAACAUAGCUAGGAGUGAUUUCUAAACAAUUUAAAAUUUAACCACGACCCCAGGGCAUGGAGGGGUAUCGGAAAAGUCCUGGGGACGAGGUUGUUUGGAUUUUUUUAUGUAAACGGUCCCGCUCUGUUUGGGCUCUAUGUGUGGUGUUUGUGCAUGUCUUGCAAAGGUAGGAGCAGAUUUGAUUCACUUUAAUAAAUUUUUGCACCUUUUUUGGAUCGAGAAUAGAGAACCCGUUAUUCCAUAUAUCCUCGAACGAACUUGCGAGUUUUUCCUGUAAGUUUUCAUGUUUUUUGGGUAUAAUAAUAAAAAAACAUCUUUCUUUUUUAUUUUAUCAUUUACUGGAAAGAUAAUAGGCUCCCCCAUCUAUGAGCAAAAACCGUACGUGCAUGGAGAAAUGGCUGGAAGAGACUCGACAGGAAGUAAAUCAGUUCUUACGUGAUGUACCUUUUUCACUCAUCUCAUAAAUUUCCGCUUGUUCCUGUCUCUUUUAGAAUUGAAAUUUUUAAAGAAAUCCAUUGAUCAGAUUUUGACUCGGCACUCGGCAGCCCAUCAGACUGCAAUUAAGAGUUUCCUUGCGGGUUUGUUGGAAAAACUAGAACGACAUCAGGAAUUUGUAGGGGAACUUUGAGCAAGAGCGGAAACUCGCGCGGACCUUUCUAUUUCAUGAAUUGUUGAUGUUUUAUUCAAAUUUUGCUUCCGUGAAUAAUAUUACUUCCUGUUCGAGUCAUGACGUUGCAGAUUUUGCAGGGGCCCUGUCCACCCCAAAACCAAUCAAUUGCCUUAUUUGGCAUUGAGUGGCAAGGCUCUGACGUAACCAUGAUGUAAUAGGAUGCAGCAGGGGCGGUCCACCCCGCAUUUGGGGAGGGUGACGCGACAGUGACGCGGCUGCCGUUCGCGAAAAAGAAGAAGAAACACAACGACACGCUGGCUGCGUAAAGAAAUCAGGGUGACGUAGAAGUGACGUAGCAAGUAAGUUUCAUUUUCUCUUUCUUGUAGAUUCCAAAGAGUCAACUACAGAGAGCAUAAUAAUUCUUGCUACUCUUUCUAAUUUCCCGGGUGAAAUAUUCGAUCGACUGUUUGUGUGGUCGGAUUUGCUCGAGCGAUCGCGAUGCGGACCUCAUCGGUUUCUCUUCUUCUAGUUCUUUGUAGAGACCACGAAACAGAAAGCUUUCUCUCGUCUCGACUUUACUUGUCAUAUAACCCCAGAAGGGUGUCGAGACAAACAUGGAGCAAAUCGAAGAACAGACCAGUGUAGCCGAGAUGGAAAACGGCAGCACUGUAACUGUUCAGCAAGGGCAGGCUCUUCCACAAAGCUCGGCGCAAACUUCGAUGCCUCCGCCGAUGCAAACGCCAUCUGUGAUUCAGACCAACCAACAAUCCGUGAUACAGACUGCUCAGUCAAUUCACUCGGCGUCUAUUCAAGGUCAGCAAAUAGGUUUGGCGCAAGCAGUUCAAGGAGUCACCGAUCCCGAUGAUUCUGGUGUGUUGGAUGAAGAAAGCAAAAAGCGAAGGGACAUCUUGUCGAGGAGGCCUUCAUACAGGUACACUUGAGCUAAUGAAGAAGAACUUAGAUCAAUACGUGAUGUCCUUGUGAGCCUCCUAUCCAAAUGGGGUCUUUGUAGGAGUGUAUGAUGUGAUAUUUAUAUUUUUACGCGGUCCAUUAGAAACAAAGAAUGGCUAUGAUGUACUUUUUUCUUCCACUUGUGAGAGUUGAAUCAAAUUUACGUAGAAGCUGACGCACGAUAUUACGCGAAGCUUCCUCAAUUCGGCACGGAAUGUCGCCAUCCGUAGUUCCGUUACGAUAGAAUACGUUACUGUUGAUGAUUGAAGGUAAAGUAAGGACUCUUGUCUAUUCCAAUUUCUGAUCGACACAGAAUUGGCCGUGAAAGAAAUCAUUGUGAUCAAAGUGAUCGAAGUUCCAGGUCAGUAGAGAGAAAAUCGUUAGCCUCUCUAAAAGCUUACGGUAUAUAAUUCUUGUCUGGAAAACUGAGUGCUGUUUGUAUCUUUAGUGAACUCUUGACUUUUUGGGUAUUAAUGUAACGUAAUAGAUGACGUCCAUGAAUUUACAAUAAUUGUGUUUUUCUGUGUUAGCGUAGCAAUUCACAGUGGUUAUUCUCUGUUGGUUUUGGUUUCUCAAAUUCAUUGUAUUUGAUUUACGACUGUUUCGAGGACAUAAAUAUACUUUGUGGAGCUGUCGUACUGUCGAAGAUGUUGAUAAUGUAUGAAAAUAAUCAACGUAUUUGAUUGGUAAAGUAGAAGGGCAGAAGAGGUUCCGGCAUACAAUAACGUCAUGAGUGAAUAGUAUGAUAAAGGCAUUCAGGUUAAUAUCAGAAUCUUGAGCGUGCUAUUUUAGUCUAUCAGUGUGUUUUUUAUGUUAAACAUAAGCAUCGAUAAGCAUCGAUGUCCAUGCUGCAGACUCUUUGGAAGAAUAUGCAUGGCUUUAGCGGUGGAAAUAAAAUGCAGGGAAUAAUAAAUACAGAUGUAUGUUAUGACGGUCUUCACCCUGCACCUACCCUGUGCAGAUAUGUUCUAGAUUUAUUUGCUAUAAAUAAGCAAUAAUUGCAUGAUGAAAAUUAUGUCAUGGAUAAAAAUAUUGAUUUUGAAUAAAAAUAUUGAUAAAUUGAUUUUUCUGAACAUUUAUCUUGCAGUGUGAUUGGUUGAAAGGUUUUUUUGGGACUACUGACUGUUUAUAAAGUUGUAUCUGAACUUAAUCAUGUGAUUCAGAAGAAAAGUUCUGUUUAUGCUAAAACACAAACCAGUACCAAACUGAUAAAGUCUUAUAUCAACCUAGUUACACAGAUGUAAAGUUCUGUUUUUACUGUGAUAAUACAAGUUAAGUGCUGUCCAAUAAUAUGACUUUUGACUAGUGUAAGAGUCUGCUAGGCUAGUGUAGUUUAAUCAUCAUCUGCUACUCUGUAGCCAAAAAGAAGAAAUAACAAAAUCUAAGCAAAGUUUUAAUCCAACUUCUAGCAUUAAACUAGUCAACUUCUUGGCAAUUUUUAAAAUUUUAUCUUGCAUAACUAAUUUGUACAAUAUUAAACUGUAUGCUAGGACGCAAUAGAGCUCUAAAAGCGCCAGUUGUUGAUUUUUUAGUAAAACCUGUCAUUUUAUUUUAGGAAAAUAUUCAACGACUUGUCUGGUUCAGAAAGCCCAACCAAAGUAGAAACCAUUUCUGAAGAUAUCCAAGGUCAGAGUGAAGGCACAGAAGGAGCUUCACCUAUAGCUGUGAUAACCACUAGUCCACUCAGCUACCAACAAGCACCUCAAACCGUCGCCAUUCCAGGAACCAUACAAAUUGUCACUUCGGGUGAGGCACUUCAAGCAGUGCCCAUGGCUCAGAAUUCUUCUGGUGCUGUUGUUCAAUAUCAGCAACAGCAACAGGUAAAGAUAUUAUUUUUUUGCAUCAAAUUUAAAAUGAAUUUAAAAGUAUCAAAGUACUCACUACCUGUCUUCUCUCUGGCUAAGAACCUACAGUAAUUUUUAGAAAUCAGUACAACCCACAAUGCCUACAAUUCAUGAUUUCCCAGUGCAAUGUCAUACUGUGUUCAGUGAGAUGGUGUGUUUGUGAUGUUUUUUGUUGAAACAAGAUUUGUUUUUAUCUUUGAUAUCUGGAAUAAUCAAGGCCUCUUGUACUUGUAGUACUGGUCCUAACAUAAUCAUUAUUUUCUUACCUCUUUAGGACGGUCAACAAUAUAUUUAUACAACUAACCCCGGAGAGGUUCAAGUACAGGUAAAGUGAAGUUCUUUACUGAACACAUUAUCCUCCUUACUUAUACAAGUUUCCUUUUUCUUUAACAAUUCUCCUUGCAAAUGUAGGGCAAUGUCAUUAUAAGGGUCAUCUUUUUAAAUUUUGCCUUGAUCCUGGAAGAUAAAAUCAGUUGUUUACCACUUUAUUACCAUGACAAGCAAAAUGGAAGCAGCUUGAAUUGCUGAGUUGUUAAAUUUGUCUGCUGCUGGCUGCAAUAGGGACCGUGGAGCAUAUUUUGGAUUGCUUGAGCUCAACGAGCGGCAAAGCAGCGUGCAAAGAAAAUAGUGUCUGAUAGCCUGGGGCUAGUGGAUUUUGCUAUUGGGCUAGUUCAUUCUGUUUUUAACUUGCCCAAUGAGCAGAAGAACUGUGAAAUCAAUUCUGCUUGUCAAAAAGCUUUUGGGGCUAGUUGAAAUGAUGUCUGGGCUAGUAAAUGCUGGCUUCAGCUUGCCCAAAUGGCAAGCUGUAAAAAUGAUUUUCUUUGCACCCUGUAAAGUCACAAUUAUGUAGGGGUCUGGGGAAAUUUUUUCAACUGUAGAACGUCUGAAGUCAGGGGAAAUUCAUUUAUUUCUAUCAAUCCUGAGAAAAUUUUUUCAAAUCUGUAUCACCAUUCUGUUAGUUUUUUUACACAAAAAUGUGCAUUUAAAACAUGAUUAUUUUAGAAACUUGUGUGUGCUUUUAACUCAAAGAUUAGAAGUACUUUUCUAAUAAUUGGAAAAAAAUCCUAGCGAACUUACUGGUAGGGCUAUAACCCCCCAGCCCCAUAACUCCCUUGUCCCUGUGAAAGUGCUACUAAAUGCACCUUGAAAUAAGCUGUUUUUCAUACAUGAAUAGCGAGUCAUGUCUUGGUUUUUUUUCCACUUAAAAAAUGUGUCAGUAUGUAAUGAAAAUUGAGCAUAAUCUUUUUUCUCAGCAGGUUCAAGUAAGCAACACUGGUACGAUGUAUACAAUACCAGCAGCACAACAACAGUACAUUCGUGGACAAGUUCCUGGUAUGGUUCUCAGUUCACCAGGCAUGGCUGGAAAUGGUCAACAAAUAGCUGAGGAUGCAUCUCGAAAACGAGAAAUGAGGUUACUAAAAAAUAGGUAUGAUUCCCGUGAAGAUUGUAAUAUAAUUUUAUAUUAACUUGUCUCACUGGCCACCUAAGUACAGUAAAUCCUCUAUUAAGCCCUUGCGGGGGGAGGGGGCUUAUUUUUUGGAAACACAUUUGAGGGUGGUUGGUGGGGGGGGGCUUUAUCAGGGUUGUCAGAAAGUUUUGAAGUAGACAGCUGAGUUGUCAAAGUAAGCCCCUAGCUGCCAGUCCAGUUAUAUUUUAUUUAAAAAAUGCCAACCGCAAAGAAAUGCCAAGCAAAGUAGCUGACUAAUACUAACCAAGUAGGCGGCGAUUUUCACUGGCAGCUGGCCACUUUUGACAACCCUGUUUAUAUCGGAGGAGGGGUUGUUUGGUAGGGGGUGGCUUAUUCACUUUAGCAAAGGCAAUGGCAUCAGUUACCAUAAAGACCUAGGUAGAUGGCAAAGUGGAAAAGCUCAGGUGCAAAAAGUUGGAGGUCAUGCAGCCAAGGAUCAAACACAAAUCCAAACUUCCAGCUAGGGAAUAACCCACCCUGAGUCAGUCCACACAAAGUUUUAUAUUUGUGAUUGAUUAAUACAGUCUAUCAUUUAUUAGUGAAUAAUAAUAAUGUGGAUGGGGGAUGGGGGGGGUAUACCCUAACUUUCUUUGAUUUAAAAGAAUCCAGUUUAUUUCCUCUCAGUAUUUUAACUAGUGUUAAGUUACAGCCUUUUUAGCUAGCUGUUUACAGUUUAAAACGUUUCUAUUGAAUUAAUAUCAAAGUUCGAGUAUGAUGGCCGAGUGAACCAUUAGAACAAAAUCAAGGAAAAAUGCACAAAAUUUACGUUUUUGCAUCAACAUUUUACUUCCAUUGUCUUAAUCGGGAAGAAGUACUCAGGGAUGAGGAAAUAGAUUACCCUCAGGGUUGUAAGAUACUCACUUGUGGCCUUUCUUUUUGACUUUCAGAGAGGCAGCCAAGGAAUGCAGGAGAAAGAAAAAAGAAUAUGUGAAGUGUUUAGAAAACAGAGUUGCAGUCCUCGAGAACCAAAAUAAAACUCUGAUUGAAGAACUUAAGACACUUAAAGACCUGUAUUGCCACAAGUCUGAGUAGAAACUAACUUAUCUUACCUUUGCUGAUGACAAUAUCUGAGCAGUUUUCCAGUGGCUAUCAUAUCAAAAGUACUUUCUUUUAUUUCACUUCUUAACAUUACUUUUUGAUCCAAUGAUUUAGACAUCAUAGAUCUGAUUCAUAAGGCAGGACUACAUUUUUUUAUUGUUUUAUGUCUAUUUAUAGCCUCACUGGCCAAAUUUUAGAGUAAAAAUUCCUUUGGUAACAAGGCUAGUGUCGCUAUUAGAAUGAACGUAAACAAAAAUAUUAUAAUUUAGCAACCAUUAAUUUAAUGACAAGGGUCAAGUAACUGAAACCAAGUCUGAAAGCUAAUCUCUUAUUUGAAAAAGUCUGGAAAAACCUUUGUAAUUUAAGCUGUGACCUGAUGUACAUUUAUUCAUCCAUUUUUGUGUUGCAUUAUUAGUUUUUGGUCACCAUAGAUUUUCUCACAGCCAGUGGAAAAUUGCUUUUAGUAAAUCAACCUUCAUAACUAAAUCCAAAAGCGCCAAGACUCGAGACAUUGUAAAUAGGCUAUCAGGCCCGCAAGUUUUAUCCAUUUGUAAUAAUGCUAAACAUUCAUGAUUUUCUACCAAAGUCUUUUAUAACCAUGUUGGUUUCACCUGAAACACCACUGAAGUUUGUUGUGUUUUAUUGAGAUUAAUUAUUGUUAACAUAGGUGCAGAAGAAUGCAUGUCAUGUCUUCCAGUGGUGAAAAAUUACUAAAUUAUAGAUUUAAAAUAAUCCAGAAGUACAUGUACUACUCUAAGUAGGUUGUAAAAAAUAGUUGUAUGGUAAAGUAAAACCAUUUUUAAA